UCUUCCGUGAGCAUAAAUAAAUACACAUAAGUGUCGGCUUUAUAAAUCUCUCCAUCUUUCGCUCUCUACACCGUCGCGUGAGAGCUCCGCCGCCGAAACUCUUAUCUUUACCCUUUCAUGGCGGCUUCCCAGGCGAGUCUUCUCCUCCAGAAACAACUCAAGGAUCUUUGCAAGAAUCCGGUUGAUGGAUUCUCGGCCGGUCUGGUCGAUGAAAACAAUAUCUUUGAGUGGAGCGUCACGAUUAUCGGACCGCCUGAUACGCUCUACGAGGGAGGAUUUUUCAAUGCCAUCAUGAGCUUUCCUAAUAAUUAUCCAAACAGCCCUCCGACGGUUAAGUUUACUUCGGAGAUAUGGCAUCCGAAUGUUUAUACUGACGGGCGUGUUUGCAUAUCUAUCCUUCACCCGCCUGGUGAGGACCCAAAUGGUUACGAGCUUGCAAGUGAACGCUGGACGCCUGUCCAUACGGUUGAAAGCAUAGUCUUGAGUAUAAUAUCGAUGCUAUCCAGUCCAAAUGACGAAUCUCCUGCAAAUGUUGAAGCUGCUAAGGAGUGGAGAGACCGGAGAGAGGAUUUCAAGAAAAAAGUAAGCCGCUGUGUGAGGAAAUCACAAGAGAUGCUAUGAAUAUGAAUAUGAACAUGAUAUUGCUACCAAGUAAAGCAUUUUCUCCGCGCAAGUGUGUUAGAGGAUGUGUUAAUUGGCAAAGCGUAUGCCAUUGAUUUUCUCACGCAAAAUAUCUUUAUUUCUUUUUGUUUUUUGUUUCUCUCUUUUUCUUCUCAUUGUCUAGUAAUUGUUAAAACAUGGAACAUCGUUGUAUUCAAUUUGUAUUGGCCUAUUUGGUGAGCAA